AUGUCAAACGAUAGUUUACUUUCGUAUAUGUCGGCUAUUGCAAAUGAUCAAUAUGAUGAGGCUAUACAGAUAGUGACUCGUGUUAUUGACACAUCGACAGAUAAAAAACAAAUUAUUGAUGGUUUAAAAAAUAGAAUUAAAGCUGCGUUUGAGAACGACGAUUUUCAAAUGGUCCUCCAAGAUUGUAAACGGUUGAAAGAUAUUGGUUAUCCAUUGGACAACGAUCAACGUUUCUUAAUGUUCAUGUUAGAUGGUGGUGGUCUAAAUCGACAAUCUUCAUUUACGAAAGCCAAGUAG